AUAUCAUGAAAUCUUAUUCAUGAUUGAUACCUGUCAAGCAAACACCAUGUAUGGUCAAAUAUAUUCACCGAACAUAUUGGCUACUGGUAGCAGUGAACUUGGCGAAAAUUCCUAUUCGCAUCACAUGGACUCCGACAUUGGAGUUGCGGUGAUCGAUCGGUAUACUUAUUAUAACCUAGAAUUCUUGGAAAAAAUUGAUAUGCAGAGUAAAUCGACAUUGCAAGACCUUUUUAAUUCUUAUGAUCCAAUGUUAAUACAUUCGACUCCGGGAGUUCGUAGCGAUCUUUUUCGAAGGCCUUUAGAUAAGGUACUUGUGACCGAUUUUUUUGGUAGCGUGCAGAACGUCGAACUUACAGGACAAAAGUACAAUCUCUCAAACUCUGACACAAUACCUUCGUCGACAUUCAACGAGACGAGGAUUGGAGAAAACGGGGAAAACAAAAAGCCGACGUCAAGAAAUUUUCAUCUCGUUAAUGUCAAUUCACGAUCAACAACAUCUCCGUUACCGCAAUUUUUAAUUGUCAGCACAUUGUUCGGAUUGCUAAUCAGAUGGCAAAAUUUAAUGGUGAAUCUCACCACGCCGGCCGCGUAUGCGUUAUGA